AUGGUUUUGAAUUUCGAUUAUCAGAUUAUCAAAGAUGCCAAAUUAAAGGUUCAGAUGCCAGAUCUAAGUAAGUAUCCGCCGAACCACCGACAACCUCCCUGCUCUCUCUCUCUCUCUCUCUCUCAUCUCCCCCUUGCUGCUCACCUGCGUACGCUCGCCCUAUCUUCUCUGCCGUUCGCCGGACCGAUCACGGCUCACCUCCUCCGACCGGAGACCUUUGUGCACCACACCACACCACCACCUCCGUCCACUCUCUUUCUGCUCUCCGCCGGAUUUGGGAGAACGGUUCGUGCAGCGGGUUAAGGCGGUAUCAGUAGUAUCGUCGAGUUGUGGUUACGUGACCGGCGGGUCUAGCGGGUUCAAGAAGUUAUUCGGCUAUCAACGGAUGUCUUCCAACAAUGUUUCGGGUUCUAACCCUACCGGCUCCUUCUCUCUCAUGAACCUUUGUGGGAGAGUCAUCUUCGAUGGUUCCAACUUUAUGGAUUGGAUCCGGAACAUCGGGAUGGUUACUCGUUACGAGGACAAGGAAUAUGUCCUCGACAAGGAGCUUAAGGAACUCGAUGAGACUACUGCUACUCCUGAGGAGAUCGCUGAAUACAGGACACAUGAGACAGAUUCC